UCUGUUUGCGACACGCGGGAGGGAGACAUGGUUCUGCUCCACGUGCUGUUUGAACAUGCCGCCGGCUAUGCGCUGUUUGCCGUUAAGGAGGUGGAGGAGAUCGGGAUGCUGCUCCCGCAGGUGGAGGAGAGUCUCCUGAACAUCGCCAAGUUUAACGGCAUCGUGAAGCUCGCCGCCUUCCUGCCCUUCAAGUCGGCCCAAAGUGCCCUGGAGAAUGUGAACGCUAUCUCUGAGGGGGUCCUGCACGAGGAACUCAAGCUGUUCCUGGAGACUCACAUGCCGGCCAAGAGGAAGAAGGCACUGCUGGGUGUAGGAGAUCCCAAGAUUGGAGCUGCCGUCCAGGAGGAGCUGAAAAUUGCAUGUCAGACGGGUGGCGUGGUGGCCGAGAUCCUGCGAGGGAUCCGGCUGCACUUCCACUCGCUGGUGAAGGGUCUCACCGCUCAGUCGGCCUCCAAGGCGCAGCUGGGACUCGGCCACAGUUACUCCCGAGCCAAGGUGAAGUUCAACGUCAACAGGGUGGACAACAUGAUCAUUCAGUCCAUCAGCUUGUUGGACCAGCUGGACAAGGACAUCAACACCUUCUCCAUGAGAGUCAGGGAGUGGUACGGCUAUCACUUCCCGGAGCUGAUAAAGAUCGUGUCUGAUAACUUCACGUACUGCCGCCUGGCCAAGUUCAUCGGGAACCGCAAGGAGCUGAGCGAGGAGAAGCUGGAGGAGAUGGAAGAGAUCGCCAUGGAUGGCGCCAAGGCCCAGGCCAUCCUCGAGGCGUCGCGCUCAUCCAUGGGGAUGGACAUCUCUCCCAUUGACCUGAUUAAUAUCGAGAGCUUCUCGAGCCGCGUCAUCUCGCUGUCCGAGUACCGGAAGGGUCUGCAGGAAUAUCUCCGCUCCAAGAUGAACCAGGUGGCGCCCAGCCUGUCGGCGCUCAUCGGUGAAGUGGUCGGCGCGCGUCUCAUCUCCCACGCUGGCAGCCUGACAAACCUCGCCAAGUACCCGGCGUCCACGGUGCAGAUCCUCGGCGCGGAGAAAGCCCUGUUCAGGGCUCUGAAGACCAGAGGAAACACUCCUAAGUACGGCUUAAUCUUCCACUCGACGUUCAUUGGCCGAGCGGCUGCCAAGAACAAGGGCCGCAUCUCCCGCUACCUGGCCAACAAGUGCACCAUCGCCUCUCGGAUAGAUUGCUUCUCGGAGUUCCCCACCAGCGUGUUUGGAGACAAGCUCCGGGAGCAGGUGGAGGAGAGGCUGUCUUUCUAUGAAACCGGUGACGCUCCUCGCAAGAACCUGGAUGUGAUGAAGGAAGCCCUGGUGGAGGCCACUGAAGUUGUGUCUGAGUUGAAGAGGAAGCAGGAGAAGAGGGAAAAGAAGAAAAAGAAGCGCGAGAAGAGGCGUCUGGAGGCUCUGGCUGCUGCCGAGGAGGAAGAGCCUGAGGAGCCGACCCCCAAAAAAAGCAAGAAGAAUGUCGAGGUGCAAGAAUCUGGGAAAAAGAAGAAAAAGCAGGAAUCCGAGCCAGAGGUCUCUGAGAACGGGUUAGAGGAGGAAGAGGCUCCGUCCAAAAAGAAGAAGAAGAAGAAGUCCGUCCCGGAAGAGGCUCCCCCAACAGAGAAGUCGUCUGUCCCGGAAGAGGCUCCCUCAACGAAGAAGAAGAAGAAAAAAUCCAAAGUGCAGGAGGAGGAGUCAUCGUGAGCAGGCCCCGGGGCCCCGUCCCAUGGACUGAUAAGACUGUGCUGUUAAACAGACUUUUCAUUAUUUACUUUUUUUUUUUUGUACAUAGACUGGGGGUCCGGGCUGCCCGCCGGUUGGAAAGGGCAUUUCACCAUUAAAUUUGUUUUCUAUUAAAUGCCACUGAAGGGC